UACAACUGUUCUUGCGUGACUGGUUUUACAGUAACAAAUAGGAGUCGACCAGUCAGCACCAGUAACCCAUGCAAUGUGACUCUACCUUUGACUGAGUAUCUGAUUGAAAUUCAGAUCAAUAGCAUGGACAGCAGCAUCACUGAUCGGCUGAGGAACCUCCUGAUGUUUUUCAGGUCGCCCUACACAAUCAGCGACAGCACUAACAUUACAGAAAUCAACAUAACUACUGUGUGUUCUCUGAAUGAAACACAGUAUCAGUGUAAAUGUGAGGGUCUGUUUGUUUGGCCGAAUGACACGUGCCACUCAUACGAGGCCUGUGAUGACAUCACUGAUGGUUCAUGUACAUGUAUCAAUGCCCUUCCAGCCGACGGACAGUUCUGCCAAGUACUACCUUCUAAAUACGUGAUUGACAUUGAUGUGAGAUUCUUUGACUUGUUCCUGGUGGACUACUUACGGAAUAUCGUCAGAAAUAUCAGCCUGCCUUUGACUCUGAGAAACAGCAUUAAUAUCACAGAUAUCGACAUGACUACUGUGUGUGGGUUAAAUGGAACAGAAUAUGAGUGCAAGUGUGAGGAGAAUCAUGUUUGGCCCAAUGACACCUGCAGGGCCUAUCAGGUGUGUGAUGGCAUUGUGGGAGGCACUUGUGGAUGUAUUCAAGCUCUCCCUUCAGAGGGUUCACUUUGCCAAAGAGACAUCAAUGAAUGUAAAGAUGCAGUGUCAGUGUGUGGUCAAUACUCAGAUUGUAUUAAUAUCAUUGGGAGUCACAUGUGUUCAUGCUGGAGUGGAUUUAAUACCUCCAAUAAAGACAGUCCUGUGAGCCGCAACAACUCAUGUCAGGAUAUAAAUGAAUGUCUAUUCAGUCCAUCUGUAUGUGGUCCAAAUUCCAUCUGCACAAAUCAGCUGGGAAGUUACAAUUGUUCAUGUCUGGAUGGAUUCACUGCAACAGUUUCAAGUUUCCCCGUCAGCAUCAAUAACAUAUGCACAGAUGUGCAUGAAUGUCUUAACACAUUGGAGGUCUGUGGUCCAAACUCUCGUUGCAUCAACUCAAUGGGGGGUUACAACUGUUCUUGCUUGACUGGUUUUACAGUAACAAAUAGGAGUCGACCAGUCAGCACCAGUAACCCAUGCAAUGUGACUCUACCUUUGACUGAGUAUCUGAUUGAAAUUCAGAUCAAUAGCAUGGACAGCAGCAUCACUGAUCGGCUGAGGAACCUCCUGAUGUUUUUCAGGUCGCCCUACACAAUCAGCGACAGCACUAACAUUACAGAAAUCAACAUAACUACUGUGUGUUCUCUGAAUGAAACACAGUAUCAGUGUAAAUGUGAGGGUCUGUUUGUU